CUACGUACACGUAUACACACCUCAUUCCCCCUCUCUCUCUCUCUGUACAUACAUAAAUACUCUCACCAACGUUUCUUUCUUUGUACAAUUCUAUUUUCUUGGACUCCAAGCAUCUGGGCUCAGCAAAACGUAAAGACCCUUUUUUGUUUAGUUCCCAGAAUUGAAAAUAUGGUCAUUGGGAAGCCGGAGAAAGUCGCCGCCGGUGAUGAUUGCUGCUCCGGCGGUGUACAGGAGUUGCAUGUUCUUGCCGUCGAUGAUAGCCACGUGGACAGGAAGGUCAUUGAGAGGUUGCUCAAAAUCUCUGCCUGUAAAGUUACAGCAGUAGAGAGUGGGAGCAGAGCUCUACAAUAUCUGGGCUUGGAUGGAGAGAAAGGCUCUGCUGCAAUUGAUGGUUUGAAGGUAAAUCUGAUAAUGACAGACUAUUCAAUGCCUGGGAUGACUGGUUAUGAACUACUCAAAAAGAUUAAGGGUUCUUCAGCACUGAGGGAAAUUCCUGUUGUGAUAAUGUCAUCUGAAAACAUUUUAGCUCGCAUUGAUAGAUGUCUGGAGGAAGGGGCUGAGGAGUUUCUGAUGAAGCCUGUGAAGCUGUCCGAUGUAAAGCGUCUCAAAGAUUUCGUGCUGAGAGGAGACGGGGAGAGCAAAGAGGGAGCAACAACAACCCGGAAGAGGAAACCGACAGACGACUCGUUCCCAAGGCCGCCAUUAUCUCUUUCCUUGGCGUCGUCUUCGCCCUCCAUCCAUCCCGAGACCACUACGCCUCUGUCCCCGAGGUGUUCAUCAGUUCCUCUCACAAAACAUCCUAGACUGCACCAAGACACUGAGCCACUGGUGGAUCCCUGAACCAUAUGUUCUGCUCAGAUCAUCUCAGUUUUUGAAUUUUGAUUUUGGGUACCCUUUGCUGCCCUUCUUUGUCUGCUUAAUUCAAUCACACUUGUACAUGCUUACCUGUAGAAACACCAUUCCACCACACCUUUGGGGAGAAGGAAAAAUGUUCAGAUAUGGAAGGAAAAAAUUAUAUAUAUCUUAACCUGAUUUUGUUCACAUUUUGGGCUCUGUAAAUCUGUAAUUUAUGUUGUUUGGUUGGAUGAUUUGAUGUUUUGAUUCCCACAACAAUGUUGUGUCCA